CUUGUUCAAAUGCUGAUACUCAAAAUGUAAAUCUUUCAGGGUUGGCUUUUAGCCCCCAAAACAUUACUGCCAAGAAAGGAGACGUCAUCACUUUCUCGUUUGCUAGUGGAAAACAUAGUAUUGUACAAAGUGACUCACCGGGUAUAUGCACAAAUUCCACAACUUUGACUUCAC